AUGGCAGAUGGCAAUCUUCGAUCGAAUCAGAACAAUCCAGAUACUCGGGACUCGCCAAUCUGCCAUCUAUUCUCCUUGAGCCGCCUGCAGGUCGCACAGUGUCAGGAGCUGCAUAUCGUGCAUCCUCGGGAAGGGUUGAGUGUGAUACCAGGCACGAGAGAUGUUGAAUCAGCGAUCGUGGUUAAAGCCACGAGAAGGGCGACGAAUGUGAUUGUGUUCGACGGACUUGAUAUCAUGUAUGUCGAGGGAGGAGCAGUGCAUCCACACUCUGUUCGAGCGGUGAAGGGGGGUGAGCGGUUCCUUGAUCCGGUCGGCAUCGAGUCUUCUAUCUUCUAUAUGAGUUUGCUUCUCUCUCGAGGUAGACCUGCGUGCUCGAUCCGAGUCCAUCUCUCCUCCUGCUGCUGCUGUUGUGCUUUACCCGGGGAUCUCAAUCUCCCCAAUCCGUCUCUGCAACUCUACGGAUUCGAGGAGCUUGCUGGCUUGGAGUUCAAUCCAGUAUCGAUCGAUAACAUGACGCCUCUCACUCACCUGCUGAACGUCAUUUUGACGAUGGCCUUCCUUGUCUCCGCCCAUCCCGUCAGUCACACCGCUCUCCUCGCGCGCAGCCUCCCGGCCAUCCGCCCAAGUGAUCCGAAGCGCGGACUCGUCUUCCACGACGCAGCCCUGGUGCAGAAGUGGAGUGGAGCCGGAUCGCAGGUCUCGUGGGCCUACAACUGGGACUCCAGCGCGCCGGCCGACCUCCCCCCGAACCUGGAAUUCGUCCCGAUGCUUUGGGGUGCCGCGGCCGAGCACACCACCCGGUGGGCAGCGAAUGCCAAUGCGGCCAUCGCCCGCGGCGCCUCCCACCUCCUCUCUUUCAAUGAGCCAGACUACUGCACCACCACCGCGGUCGGCGCUUGUCUGUCUCCGAAAGACGCCGCGAACGCGUACCGCAAGCACAUGAACCCCUUCGCGGGCCGCGCCUACCUGGGCGCGCCCGCGGUGACGAACGGCCCGAGCGGGAUGAAGUGGCUGAAGCAGUUCCUCGCCUUGUGCACCGGAUGUCAGAUCGACUUUGUGCCGAUCCACUGGUACGACAGCGCGACCAACGUGGCGUACUUCAAGAACUACCUGGCGGACGCGCACGCUCUCGCCGGGAAGAACAUCUGGAUCACCGAGUUCAACGGGUCGGGAAGCGCGGCGGAGAAGACGGCCUUCCUCAAGACGGUGAUCCCGUGGAUGGAUGCGCAGCCGUAUAUCACGCGCUACGCGUGGUUCUGGUGUGAUGCGAAGGCCAGCACGCCGAUUGUGGACGGCGCGGGCAAUCCGACGGCGCUGGGGAAGGUGUAUGGAUACACUGCAUCCUGA